UAAUAGAAAAAUAUUAAAUUGAGAAUAUGAAAAACAUUAAAGGCAAGCCCACGGGAAUUGACAAACAUUUAUUUACUGUUAUUUAUUGAAAUUUUUCUUUGUUUUCGCCCAAGAAUUUCACCGGAGUCCUACUCCCUGCAGGGAAUCCAUAAAACCUAACUACUUAUUCAACAUAUAGGAAAUUAAAUUCAAACGAAAGGAAAAAAGAAACUGUAAUUUUUUGGGAUAUUUUAUUGUUGUAAUUGAUCGUUAAUAUCAAUCAUAAAUCUGGGGCCGUGAUGGCGUGGAAUGUAUUCAAAUUCUGCACAUCCCUGAGGGGGCUCGGGUCGAUUAUGAUAUUACUGGUUCUUGGCGUUGUCGGUGUCACUUAUUAUGCGGUGGUUAUAAACAAUUAUUGGCCGGGCCUCGAAGCCGGCGAGCCCGAGACAUUACUUUCUUUGGCCGUCUUGAUCUUGUUCCACUGUCUGUUGGCCAUGCUAUUGUGGAGUUAUUUUUCUGUUGUUUUUACGGAGCCGGGUAUUGUUCCUCCAAAUUGGAGGCCAAAAGGGGAUGAAGAAAAAGGAGAUACCGACCAAUUGACAUCAACAGAAUUUUCGGCAGACGUGGAGAACGGAAGAAUCCGAUUUUGUAGAAAGUGCAACCAGCUAAAACCACCUCGGUGUCAUCAUUGUUCUGUUUGUGGGAAGUGUGUGCUGAAAAUGGAUCAUCAUUGUGUAUGGGUAGUCAAUUGUGUUGGGGCAUUGAACUACAAGUAUUUCCUUCUCUUCCUGUUCUAUACAUUCCUUGAAACAAGUCUUGUUACUUUAUCAUUGCUGCCACAUUUUAUUUUAUUCUUCACUGAUGAUGAUGUACCUGGGACUCCAGGAACACUUGCAACCACUUUUCUAGCCUUCGUAUUAAACUUAGCAUUUUCUUUGAGCGUUUUGGGAAUUCUGAUUAUGCACAUAUCAUUAGUGGCAGCAAAUACCACAACCAUUGAGGCAUACGAGAAGAAGACUACUCCUAGAUGGCGUUAUGAUCUUGGAAGGAAAAGGAACUUUGAACAGGUAUUUGGAACGGACAAGAGGUACUGGUUUAUCCCAGCUUACUCGGAAGAAGAUUUGCGGUGGAUACCUGCUCUUCACGGUCUUGAAUAUCCAUCGAAGCCUGACCUGGAUGCCCAAGAAUUAUGAGGAUCAGUUAUGAAGAUAAUUAUACAUCGAGUUUCUUUCUUGUUACCGAGGAGAUCCAGAAUAAUAAUAUCUUUUCUGCGCAAAUUUGGGACUGGAGAGCAAUCCAACAGCUUACGUUGUGCAGAAUUACACUUGAAGAAGAACCAACGUGGCUUGUCCAGAAAAUUCAAUGGAUUGCAGAUGAAUUAAGGAUGUUUGAGAGCUGAUGAUCAGGUUUUACUAAUCAACGUGGGAAUGUAAGAUAUGGCUGAUUUUCAAGUAACGGCCUGCGACGUUCUUGAAAGGUUUAUAUUAGUUAGGAAUGUAGAUUAAUCUUUUGUAAUAGCGGUGUAUUUUAUGAGUUCUUUGCAAUUUUUCCCAUUUGUUAUGAAAGAUUGGACCAAUCCAUUUAUACAGGCUGACCCAUGUCACGAAUUUGAGUGUAA